AGGACAGCGAGAUUCUCGCCCUGAGCAACGGCCUGCAAUCGGCGGAGGGAAGUAGGCCCAGGCUCGGUGCGGAGGCAAGGUUCUCAGGUGACAGGCCGACAAGGAGGACUGGAGGUUCUGGGACAGCACUAAAGGAGAAAAUAUGCCUGUGGGUCUCCAUUGUCCAGCUCCUGCCCACACUCCUGCCUGCUGUCCUGACCAGAGUCAGCCUGCCUCUGGAGCAGAGGAGUCAGCACUGCAAGCCUGAGGAAGGCCUUGAGGCCCGAGGAGAGGCCCUGGGCCUGGUGGGUGCCCAGGUUCCUGUUACUGAGGAGCAGGAGACUGCCUCCUCCUCCUCUACUCUAGUGGAAGUCACCCUGGGGGAAGUGUCUGCUGCCGAGUCACCGGGUCCUCCCCAGAGUCCUCAGGGAGCCUCCACCCUCCCCACUACCAACAACUACACACCCUGGAGCCAAUCUGAUGAGGACUCCAGCAGCCAAGAAGAGGAGGGGCCAAGCACCUUUCCUGACCUGGAGUCCGGCUUCCAGGCAGCACUCAGUAGGAAGGUGGCUGAGUUGGUACAUUUUCUGCUCCUCAAGUAUCGAGCCAGGGAGCGAGUCACAAAGGCGGAAAUGCUGGAGAGUGUCAUGAGAAAUUGCCAGUACUGACUGGGCACGUACUUCUUUCCUGUGAUCUUCAGCAAAGCCUCCGAGUACUUGCAGCUGGUCUUUGGCAUCGAGGUGAUGGAAGUGGUCCCAGUCGGCCACUUGUACAUCCUUGUCACCUGCCUGGGCCUCUCCUACAAUGGCCUGCUGGGUGAAAAUCAAAUCAUGCCCACAACAGACCUCCUGAUAAUCAUCCUGGCCACAGUAGCGAUAGAGGGAGACGGUGCCCCUGAGGAGAAAGUCUGGGAGGAGCUGAGUGUGUUGGAGCUGUCUGGCAGGAGGGAGGACAGUGUCUUAGCAAAUCCCAGUAAGCUGCUCACCCAAGUAUUGGUGCAGGAAAAUUACCUAGAGUACCGGCAGGUGCCCUUCAGUGAUCAUGCAUGCUACGAGUUCCUGUGGGGUCCAAGGGCCCUCGUUGAAACCAGCUAUGUGAAAGUCCUGUACCAUAUGCUAAAGAUCACUGGAGAGCCUCAAAUUUCCUACCCACCCCUGCAUGAAUGGGCUUGGAGAGAGGGGGAAGAGUGA